AUGACGAUGUAAACGCAUGAAACUCAGUUUGGAGGGAAUUUAGUAUUGAGCAUAACCUCAAUGCUAAAAACCGGUUACUUGUGACUUGUAGCUCUGUAAUUACGUAAAAAUGUCUUGUAAAAAAGGAUUGAAUUGGGGAGAGGAAGAAACCCGAACAUUUUUAGAGUUAUGUACUGACAGACAAAUAAUUGCAUUAAUGGACGGAAAAAAACAUAAACAUGUAGAUAUUUUCAACUUAUUAGUAGAAGAUAUGGAAAAAAAAGGUUUUUCUAAAACGGCCCAACAGAUGAAAUUAAAGUUAAAAAAUUUAAAACUAGCUUAUUAUAUAAAUGUAAACGUGAAAAUAAUGUUAGUGGUGCAGCAAAAAAAACCUGUCCAUUUUAUGAACAAUUAGACAUUUUGUAUAGUACUCGGCCAAAUGUGCAAGUUCUUAACGAUUUUUCAGGAAUCGACACUGCUAAUGUUCAAAAUGAAUCAUCAUGUGAAUAUACAGAGGAUUGUUUAACUAUAAAUGACAGUGACAUCCCAGAAGAAAGCGAGUCUAGUUCAACUAUCAGCAAUAUGAACCUCCUAGAAAAAAGAAACGUGGAUUGCUUUCAGGUAGAAAAAGCUACGAAACUAUUCUAGACAAGUAUACAGAGAAUCUGAUGCUAUCACAACAACAACUUUUAUCAGAUAUUAUUGUAAAACAAAAUGACAUGCAGAAAGAGAUGAUAAAAGUUGAAAUGGAAAACCAAAGAUUAUGGGAGAACGAAAUAAUAGAGAAGGAGCAUGCAUUUCAAAGAGAACAGAUGCAAUCUUUUGUGCAAGCGUUGCAAGUAAUAAAUUCUCAAGCUUCUCCAUCAAAUUAUGGAAUGCCACAAAAUUUUCUUAUGCCUCAAAAUUAUGGAAUAUCACCAAACUAUAAGUUGCCACAAAAUGUCAAAAUUAUUCCAAUAAAAGAAGGAAGUAUCAUUGGGUCAAGCCAAAUAAAUAAAUCAAUGGCGUCAACAUCCACAUCUUCUACCAAUAGACCAAUGGUGUCAACAUUCACAUCUUCUACCAUUACUGAGGAGAACAACAACGACAAUUCAAAGGCAUGAAAAUUUUUUGAAACAUACUGAGCAAUACAAAAAUAAAAGUAUAUAUAAGUGCCAUGGAUAUAUUAUAUGAACAAAAAAGUGUUAUAAAACAUGUUAAGUUUAAAAUUUUAAUGUACUGAAACCAAAGAAUAAGGGAACGGUACCAAUACCCGAACAUGUACCUAUAUCCGAAUACCUUUAUUAUUUAUAAUUAUAACGCGAGUUAAUUUCAAAGAUAAAAGUAUUUUUUUUUUGUAGUUUGAAACUUUAGUUAUAAUAUCCAAACGUUUAUUUUCAUGAAUUUAUAUUUUUUAAAACGUAUCCAGACACAGAUACAUGUUCGGGUAUUGGUACAUUUCCUAUGCUUAAGUGUUCGGGUAUUGAUACCUUUCCCUUAUACAUAUAUAACUAUAUAUAAUUAUAAGUAGGCAUAAGAUAACUAUAAGUAAGAAUAUAAGUAUAUAUAUUAUAAGAUGAACCAAAGUGUUAUAAAAUAUAUUUAGUUUAAAACUAAUGUACUGUGAAAUCAAAGUAUUAUAAAUAUUAAGUUUAGUACAAGACAUUUAGAUACAAUAAGGUAAAAUGUUAUUAAAAUUUAAACCUGUU